AUGACCAGGGGUCACCUGGCGGGAAGAAAACUGAGUAACAUUUACUUCUGUUUUGUAUUUCCCAAAAAAGCAAAGUUCAUAGACAAACCCAGCCAAAAGAUCUCCAAUGAAGUUCUCCCUCCAAAUAAGAAAAAAGAAAAGCCAAAAAAUCCGGUGUCCAAGUUAUAUCCCAACUCCUUCCUGUUUACAAAGUGGGGCGAUGAUCUGUCAGAAGAGGAACAGAAGGAGGCUGAAGCUCUUUUUCAGAUUUAUGGAUACAAUGCCUUCCUUAGCAACCGCAUUCCUCUCGAUCGGAAACUUCCCGACAUGAGAGAUCCCAGAUGUCUGAAGAGGAAUUAUCCCAAAGAUCUUCCCAGCAUCAGCGUUGUGCUGAUCUAUGUAAACGAGGCUCUCUCUGUGAUUAAGAGGGCAGUAUGCAGCAUCAUUACCCACACACCAAAACACCUGUUGAAGGAGAUCAUUCUGGUGGACGAUCACAGUACCUACAAUGAUCUUGGAAAACCUUUGGAAGACUUUAUUGAUGAGGUUCACAGAGAAAUGCCUGGUCUUAUUAAAAAAAUCUGGCACACACGCCAGAUGGGUUUGUCCCAGUCCCGGAUCACAGGCUGGAAGAAGGCCACAGGAGAUGUUGUGGCCAUUUUAGAUGCUCACAUUGAAGCUACUCUGGGCUGGGCUGAACCUUUGUUGGCCAGGAUCAAAGCUGACAGGACUGUGGUGGUGUCUCCUGUGUUUGACAAGGUCAACUAUGAUGAUCUACAUGUAGAAAAAUAUAUGCCGUUCGCUCAGGGCUUUGAAUGGGCUCUGUGGUGCAUGUAUGAGCCCUUCAAACCAGACUGGAAUGAAGGGGACGAAUCACAGCCUGGAAAGAGUCCUUCUGUGAUGGGCAUCUUUGCAGCAGACAGGUAUUUCCUUGGAGAAAUCGGUGGACUUGAUGGGGGCAUGACAGUUUACGGAGGAGAAAAUGUUGAAUUUGGGAUUCGUGUGUGGCUGUGUGGAGGAAGUGUGGAGGUUGUGCCUUGCUCCAGGAUAGCUCACAUCGAGAGAGCACACAAACCAUAUGCACCUGAUCUCAAUCCAUCCAUGAGGAGAAAUGCCUUAAGGGUUGCUGAUAUUUGGUUGGAUGAGUACAAGAAAAAUGUGUUUAUUGCCUGGAACAUUCCUCUUAAGGAUCAUGGGAUUGAUAUUGGUGAUGUAUCAGAGAGGAAAAAACUCAGAAAGAACCUGAGUUGUAAACCUUUCAGUUGGUACCUGGAGAACGUGUACACCAGUCUGGAAAGAUUGGAUAAUAUCCUGGGCUACGGUGUGCUGCAGAACAGCCUUCACAAGAGGAUGUGUGUGGAUCAGGGAGCGAUUCCUGGAAGUAUCCCAAUUUUAUACGAGUGCCACUUCCAAGAACCACAGCGAUGUUACUACAACACCGAGGGUGAAAUAAUCAUAGGGAAUAUAAAAUCUCACAAAUACAGCAGUAACCGCUGCCUGGUGGAUCCAGGUUCUGGCAGCAUCCCAACUCUGCAUGAGUGCAAGGUGGCAAAGGUCAACCAGUUACACAUGAACUGGGACUUCAGACAAGGCAAAGAAAUUAGGAACAAAGCCACAGACAGAUGCUUGGAGAUCGCCCAGGGAGACAACUUUUACUAUCAACUCAUCCUUCAGAAGUGCAGCGGGCAGAGAUGGACCAUUCAGCACCUCAUCACAACCUUCUAGCUACACAGAGAAAAUCUGAACAGUUGAGACAGCAUCUAUAAGUCAUGCACUCUUUAAAUUAAGCUAUUUUAGAGCGGGAAGUUCAAAGCCAUCAGAAGUUUUGUUUGCCACAAACCCUCAAGGUGGCGCAGCAAUCAUGUGGGAGAUUCUCUUAUCAGAUGACAUAGCCUGCAAAAAGAUAAGCAUGAUGAAAAAUUAACCCAUGCCAUCACUCUGACUAUCCCCAGGAUGAAAUGCAAUGGUGGCAGCAUCAUGUGGGUGGAGCUUUGUGCAACCAACUGUGAAGGAGCAGAGAUUAGAGUCUGAGACGAUGUC